AUGGCAGACUUCACAACGCCUGGUGGCCGCAGGCCUUUGCGUGGCACCGGCAAUGUAAGUGCUAACUUGAAAGCCGCCGACAUGACCACCCUUAGCGCGUCCAUAGUGCUAGCCACCGAAAAUCCCGCAGCCGUAGUUACUGCCACCAUAUAUAUGGACUUCAUGAAAGCCUACAAUGCUCAUACUAGUAGGGAGGACGUCGUCACGCUUGUUGAGAAGUACGCUAGCCUGUGCGACAGUUACUUAGCCGAAGUGAUGAAAGUGACCGAGAGCCUAGUCUCUCGCAAGGCCACACCGGCGUGGAUAGAAGCCAUCGCGUGCCAAACAUUGCUCACCGAUGAGCGAGACACUUGGAAGCUCACGGGUGCCCUCCUGCACGACCACCUCAAGGCGGACGAGUUCAUGAAAGAACGCGGCAACAGAACCAUGUUCGUCGACGGAUCUCGCAAAGGUAGCGACAGGAAAAUUGUGGAGGCCCUCAUGGCGAGAGACUCCUUCACACGCCAGGCGCAUUUAGUAGUCGACUGGCUGGAACGCUGCGCGGCGCAUCAGAGCGGUAUGGGCGAUCACGACGACAGGCUCCAGUACUUCCAGCUGGUGGAAGCUGCAGCUGGACAGUGUCCAGCUGGCGGAAGCGGCAGCUGGACAAACACACUGCACCAUGCGCAGUCCCACAAUAACAUCGGUAGUGCAUCGUCGUCUCACGUGACUGAACUGGACGCGGGCGCACCCUCGAGGCGGUGGGUACCGAUCCACGAAUUCCUCUUCUUCCGCAGCGUUUUCUUCCACCUGCGAGCAGGCCAACUGCAGAGGGCCAAAGAGCUGGCUGCCGACAACGGUUAUCGUUGGCUAGCCGCCGUGAUCGAAGAAUGCAGGCCAUGCCAUGACCUGCACAACGCAAGCACCGUUGGUGCUGGCUUCAAGCAACCCGCCCAAGGCACCUUCUACCGGGACUUAUGGAUGCGAGCCUGCUGGAGAGCGGCGUGCAGUCCCAGGUGUUCGCUGUACAAGCGCGCUGUGUAUGGUGCUCUGAGUGGCAACCUACAAGCAAUGCUGCCCGCGUGUACCACAUGGGAGGAUCAGCUAUGGGCUCGCAUGCGCGCUGUUGUGGAUGUGUGCGUAGAGCAGGAGCUCCGCACUGCCAAGCAGCAAGAUAGAAGCCUCGGACCACAACCGCCCGGCUACCCCAGUGACCUUGGAACCUUUGAAACCGUUUUCCGUGACCUGCGGGAGGCUGUGGGCACGAGGGGCAAGCGACACCAAGAGAUCGCACACAUCGUGCAGCGAGGUGUAGUGCUUGGCGAUGCUGAUGAUUUGAUAGAAGAAAUACACUACUGGGUAAUUCGUCAGGUGGAUAAAACGCCGCUUCUGACCAUUCGGUUUCUGGUUCACAUGGCACUGUUGCUGCGACAAAAUUGGCGCCAAGACCAGCACUGA